GCACGGGUUCGGUACUAGUACAUAAGCAUACGGGCUAUAUUUAAUCCGUUUUAGAUCCGCCCUUUUUAGUUCUUCGAUUGAAUUUCAGGUACCUUCUUGAAUGGGACGUCAUCUUGUUGUCUCUUAUUUUUUCCCCUUUUCAAACGUUUGAUUUGCUCUUGCAACUGAAUCGACUGAUAGGUGUUUGAGAAAAAUUGGGAAUCUUUUGCGUCGAUAUGGGAUCAUCAUCAUCGCCAGAAUUUGAUUUUUUGUUUAAGCUGUUGAUGAUAGGAGAUUCUGGGGUUGGAAAAAGCAGCCUUUUGCUCAGUUUCACGUCUGAUACUUUCGAAGAUCUCUCUCCUACCAUUGGAGUGGACUUCAAGGUAAAGCAUGUUACACUGGGAGGCAAAAAGUUGAAGCUUGCGAUUUGGGACACUGCGGGACAGGAAAGAUUUAGGACUUUGACUAGUUCAUAUUACAGAGGAGCUCAAGGAAUCAUCAUGGUUUAUGAUGUGACAAGGCGAGACACCUUCACCAAUCUCUCUGAUAUUUGGGCUAAAGAAAUCGACCUCUACUCAACAAAUCAAGAUUGUAUCAAGAUGCUAGUGGGCAACAAAGUCGAUAAGGAGAGUGAAAGGGUUGUUAGCAAAAAGGAAGGAGUCGAUUUUGCAAGGGAGUAUGGCUGCUUGUUCAUCGAGUGUAGUGCCAAAACUCGAGUCAACGUGGAACAGUGUUUUGAGGAACUCGUCUUGAAGAUCUUGGAGACACCAAGUCUCUUGGCUGAGGGCUCGGCUGGUGUGAAAAGGAACAUCUUCAAACAGAAACCUGCUGUGUCGGAUGCAUCUGCUGGUGGUUGCUGCUGAGUCUUUUUGUUGCUUUCGGCUUUUCUCCUCUUCAAUGUUUUUAUUCAAAAACCAUGCGUGAUUUCUCGUGGUGUAAAAAUGGAAAGUACUUCAAACUAUCUUACAUGGAAUGGCAAUAGCUGAAUCUCAGUUUCAUUUUGCUCUGUGUUUUAGUUUUAUAUUAUAUUUUGGUUUAUAAGUACACUUUGUAACCUUGAAUUGCAAACGAAUCCCACUGGUUUUAUAUUUGAGUGUGAGCAUGAGUUCAAAACCAUUUCACAGGGUGAAGAAAGAU